AUGGCCGUCGCAUCCAUACAAGAUCGAACAAACGAGUUCCGAUCCGUCUUAACACAAGUACAAAAGAGACAAGCCUCCUCGAAAGUCGGAGCCCAGAGACAAUCCCUCCUAUCCGAUUCCCAAAAGGCCGCUGCAAAUGGCGAUGCGAAUGCACAUGGCAAACCGCGGCGAUCUGAAUUUGCGAGGAAAGCGGCCGAGAUUGGGAGAGGGAUAACGGGAACCAUGGAGAAGUUACAGAAGUUGGCGGAAUUGGCAAAACGCAAAACCCUCUUCGACGACCGACCUGUCGAAAUCAACGAACUCACCUUCAUCAUCAAACAAGAUCUCUCCUCGCUCAACCAACAAAUCUCCAGUCUUCAAAGCCUCACGCGCGCACAACAUCCCAAAGCUGAUCAAGAAGGCGAGCAUAACAAAAAUGUCGUUUUCAUGCUCCAAGGAAAACUCACCGACGUAUCCGCCAACUUCAAAGAUGUCCUCGAGGUCCGCACCAAGAAUAUCCAAGCCUCGCGCUCCCGCACCGAGAAUUUCGUUUCGUCAGUGUCCUCCCAUGUUCAGCCCAAUAUUUCCCAAUCGGCGAGCCCUCUGUAUAGUACGCCCACGAGAGGAAGUCCAGGCCCGGGUCAGGAUUUGUUAAGCUUAAAUCCCGUGGGUGAUCAACAGCUGUUGAUGAUGGAAGAGGCGCAACCGCAAAAUGAAUACAUUCAUCAGAGAGGAGAAGCAAUCGAAGCAAUUGAGCGGACGAUUAAUGAACUCGGAGGUAUUUUUGGACAAUUGGCUACGAUGGUUUCGGAACAGAGCGAAAUGAUUCAGAGAAUCGAUGCGAAUACAGAAGAUGUGGUGGAUAAUGUUGAAGGGGCUCAAAGAGAAUUAUUGAAAUAUUGGUCGAGGGUAUCUGGUAAUCGCUGGUUGGUUGCUAAGAUGUUUGGUGUUUUGAUGAUUUUCUUUUUACUUUGGGUCUUGAUAGCGGCGUAG